AUGCUACAGCGUCUCAUUGAAUUAAAAGCACAGGUUAUAACCAUUCUUAGUGAUGUAAACAAACAAAAAGGAAAACAACUAGAAUCGAUUUAUUUGACUCCGUCUGAAUGGAUAUUAAUAAAUGAAAUUAAAUGUGUUCUGGAACCAUUCCAAAUUGUCCUCGAAGCUUUAAGUGGUUCAAAUUAUCCAACAUUAGCUAAAGCAUAUAAUGCACUGAAAGCAUUAUAUGUUUACCUUGAACUUGGUAACGUGUUCGAUUCAUUUAAUAUGGGAGUUAUGAAACAAUUAUUAUUAGCUUAUUUGACUCAUUAUUUUCCUCGAAAUGAUAAUAAUGAACAAUAUUGUUUAAUGAGAGCGGCAGCAUACGUCGAUCCUCCGGAACAUUUGUCGUUGGACAAUGAUGAGUUAGAAAAAGCUGAAGUAUAUAUUAAAUCAUUGUAUGAUCGAUUAACAUUAACGUUACAUGACGAAACAUCGUCGAACACUGCACAACAACAAAAGCCGGGGGCAGAUGAGAUAAAAGAGGAAGGUUUGGAUACUAAAAAUAACCAUUUGAGUAUCUACGAACUGUUUUUGCGCCGUACUGGUAUUCGAACAAAAGUAGUUAACGGUGAAGAAAAUAUUUCACUUGAAUUUGAUCGGUAUAAAAGAAUGCUCAAUAUGUUAACGAAGCCAAGAUACAAUACAUUUUGGAAAGACAAUACUUGUCUGAAACGUCUUCGUUCAAUGACGAAAGUACUAUUAGCUAUUCCUGGCACAAGUGUACCAUCGGAAAGUUGUUUUAGCAUUUCUGAUAACUUCGUGAGAAAAUGA